UGGAGCAAAACCCUUGUAGAUACAAAACAUACAAUAAUAUAUGUGACUGUUGACAGGCAGCUUACGUCACAUCGCGGACGCGUCGCGCUGACCACGAUUUGAAAUAUCUAUACUCACAUACAAGUACAAUCGCUGUCAUGAUGAAUUCAGGUCAGGAUUUUCAAAUUUGUAGAGAUGUCACUGGUCUUAAGGAUUUCUUAAGACUCUCUCAUUCGCUCGUGGACGACACCAUUACACAGAAUCUGAAUAAUCUCGUCUUACCGGUUCGCUUCGACCCGACAUCAACUGGCACGCCAAAAGCUGGCGAGAGACGCCUCUUGCGUACACCCAUCGACGAAGGGUCAUGCAAUACCUUGGUUGAUGCCGUAUUCCGCAAUUGGGAAGGUCGCUCUCACACUAUCGACCGCUGUCUGCAGUUCGCAGAUGCCAACGUGGCGAAACUCAACAACGUUGUGCACGCAAAUACAGACCAACAAAACAUACGCGAGCUGAACAAGCAAAGGCGUCUCGAUCCAUAUGCCGGCAGGACUGAGCUGGAAGAGCCAAUGCUUACACGGGUUUUGAAAUCUGAGCAAUCCACGGAGGCAAUCAUCCGUGAUAGAACUUGGCGGAUAUUGAGAAAUCGAUGUCAGGCACUAAGUAGGCUACCUCAGACUUGGGAAACAGCCUUUGUUGACUGGCAAACAAAUCAUGCGACUCCGGCAAAUGCUGCUUCGACUUGAUCACCUCUUAUGCGAUCACCAGGACGGCAGGAUUUGCUUUUCUCCGCUCACAUCUGCAUCACAAUCUCUGAUCGAGCUUGAUGAUGAAGUGGCGUUGGUCUCUCCUUUCGCAGCCUCUCUUUGCACCUAUGAGCGCUGCUGGCUCGAUACUGCCUUCACAGCGGCGGACGGCCAAGCCUUCUGAGCGUGAUUCCCAGACGUCAGGCCCUCGACCAACAGCAUCCUACAUCGCAUCAGACAUCAAUACUACAGCUCAAGAUGUGGUGGAAGCUAGGCUCCGCAUAUGUGCUCAGAUUGCGCGACGGCUCCUUGCACAGCUGUUUACCGAGCUUGAACGACACGGUCUGCUUCAAGAUUACCUUGGCUACCCCUACCGAUCUUCCGCAAUGGAGUCAGCAUGGGAUUUUGACUUGCUACCAGGCUCAUGCAGUUUCGUGCAUAUCGAU